UCCGAGACACUGGCUGCGCCGUCACCUGCCUCUCACUCACUUCCGUCACUUUUGACACUCACUCAACACUCACUUACCACUCAGUCUCUCACCCUGCGUCGUCCUUCACUUGUACCCUCGCCCUUGGCCUCAACCUUGGCCUGCCUUCUGACCUCACCUUUGGCAUCGCUUUUCCCCUCCAGUUCCAGCCUCAUCCACGCCCCCUCCCCUUCGACAAUCACAUUCUGUGCGCACACGCCGCAAUCAGGUCAUCUGCUAUCCAAUCGAAAAUGGCGGCAUCGGAAAGCGACUCUCAGAGAACGAUUCGAAUCGCUUUGCGUCACAUUGACCAGCACCGCGGAGAAUACAACACCACGGCAACGCAAGAUUUGAUGCUUGGGCGACUGAUCCGCCAACACACCUUUGAAUAUCGCCCACGCGGAGGAACAAGGGAUGAACGACUCGCCAUCAAUGCCUACCGAUCACGCCUCUACCACACUGUCUCCCGUGACGGACUUCAGGGCGUGUCUCUUCAUGACCUCUUCAUGAAAGGCACGAAGGUGUUGCGCGCAACAGCCCGGGAAAAGUACACAAUGGAUGAAGCGUCGCCCAUCCAGGAUAGCGAGGAUGAGCUUAGCGCCGGUGCACUUGACCAAGCAAAUGAUAUCCAAGGGACCGCGCAGAUCGACGCUCCCAAAAAGAGGUCCACAGCCUCGACGUCGGCAUUUGAAUCUGGUGGCGAUGACGGUAAGGACCUACCGCAGCCCACCUGGUCCCCACUCACUCCCGCUGAUCUGACUGUCCCUGAAGGCCAGAAGCGAAAGUGGAUGGAUGAAGAGGAUGCGGAGUACGGCGCAACGACGGUAACCAGGAGAGGGACCUACGUCGACUUGCGCUCUCCAGCUCCUGCCUCGUCCUCGAAUGUGAUUGUCAAUCAAGCCCCAAAGAAACGGCUGGCAACGUCAGAAUUGCAAGAUGCGCCGAAUGAUGCGUCAAGGAAGAGUUCCGCGGGCCCCGGGCAAGCAGCAGAGUCCGACGCGAGCCGUGGACUGGUCAAACUCAGUGAACAGACCAUUCGCCAAGAGCUGAGCACGAUCUGGAUGAACAUUCAAUCCUUUACUUGCGAGCUGUUUGAAGGGCUAGGGAUUGACGCUGACGGCCGGGCUGAGUUGGUCACCAAGCCGCACCCAGAGCUCGAGGAGUUAUACAAGAAGAUGUUCGGGAAGGAAUGGCUUGAGCGCGCCAGCAGCCUCCUCACCGCUGGAGUCAUGGGGUCUCGUAGGCUGGUAGAUGCCUGCACUGCGACAGCCGUGCAUCUCAUGGUGUUCCUCGAGCCCCUACCGUGGGACGGACCGGCAGAGCUAAUGAGCUCGCUGUCGGAGGCAAGGCCGCAAGUCGAUCGUGUGCUGCAUAUGACUGCGUUCCAUCUCCACCUCCAUACUGUGAUAUGGCAAGCUGCGACCAACCAAGUGCAGGAUCCGGUGUUUCACCAGCGCACCAUCCGUCCACGUGCGGUAGGCCUGGCCAACAGAUACCUGGCGAUCAUGAACACGCAAUUGGAGUAUCUCGGAGCGAGCAAGGCGAAGGGGGACUCGGACGUGGGCAGGAAGAAGCGAGCAGAGCAUCUCACCGCCAUCUUCUCUCGGGCUCUCGUGCUAAAGGGCCUGCUGCGAGCGGCGCCAGACUACUACAUGAUAACGUGGCCUAAGAGUGGUGCGGGGGUGAAUCGCGAUCGGGUGGAAGAGCUGCACCCUGGUCCAGGCGAGCAAGAGAUCGUGUGGGGCUUGUCACAACUUGUGCAAAAGCGCGCAAAGCCGAAUGAAGAAUGGGAGGUGGUAGCCCAGGGCAAGGUGCUGUCCAGGCCAAUGCCAGUGCCCGAACCUACGGCGAAACUUGGUCUCGAGAGGGUGUUGGGAGCGUCAAGGUAGUCGGGCUUCUUCGGUCGCACCUGCAUGGGUACCGAGAGAGGCGGCACAUAUCAAGGCCUAUCCUCCACAGGUUUUGCGGUGGUGAAAUGGGGCAGGCAGGCAAGGCAGGUUCUUUGAAGCUGAUGAGGUGAG